AUGGAUUUGAACCGGUCAAUAAUUCGUUCCGAGGUGAGACAAGCGUUGGAGGAGUAUAUGCAGUCGAAUACCAAUAGAUCUGCAAAUGCAGGGGAAACAGGAAGACUGGAAGGUAGUUGUAAAUUAAUUUUUUUUCAGUGUUCCGCCUAGCUUGCUUAUGCUUUCUUUAAAUGUAUGAACAGACGAGAGCAGAUCUCAAAUCGAAUUAUUUUAGCCGUAAACUUGUUAUUUACAGCUUCCCCACAGAACACAAGUACAAGUACAACUAGCCAACGGCUAAACUCUGAAAUUGGACAGGUUGUAAACCGUGCCAGGGAUAUUUUAAGAAGCAAUCGAUCGUCAUUCACACGAAAUGCCAGCACGGCGUUUCAGAAUGGCGCUACUAGCGCGUAUCCUAAAAGACCCCGAUUGUCGGGGGCUUCACGUUAUGGAAAUGUUCUUCCCAAGGAUGUGGUUAAAACGGUUGUGCUCUUGGAAAAUUCUGGUUCUUCAAACGAAUAUCCUUUAAAGAAUGAUACGAUAAUGUGCUAUGCUGAAGUGGAUUUCGUCACUACAGAUGACGAACGUCUCGUGCGAAAUAAAAUCGUCGGAGCGUUGAAGACACAAAUACCUGACAUUGCACCGGAUGAUUUUGAAUUUGUUAAAGUCCUCGGCAAAAGAGUCUCUACUCCUGUUGUAGCUGAUGGCUACAACUGGGAUUUUAAGCACGUUAAAAACUUAUGUGGUCAAGGCAAAUUGUAUGUCCGUCUU